AUGGAGCGCUUGAAAUCCCUGUUUAAAUCCACUCGAGAACAAACCGAUCUUGAAUCAAAGCCUCUCGAAGAGUGGAGCACCAAAGACUUUCAGGAUUGGUUAAAGGAACAUGAUUAUCAAAAGAAAGUUUUACAAAUAUUGAAAAAGGAAGAAUGGAACGGAAAAUGUUUAAUUGAUUUCACGGAAGAGGAUUUGAAAAAAAUUGGAAUUCCAAGUGGCUCUGCCAAAGGAAUUACAAAUUCUAUCAAUUUAAUCAAACAACAACAAAUCAAAACAGGAAUACUGAAUGGUAACCUUUCAACUUCAUCAAGUAAGAUCACAACAACAACAACAACCACAACUCUUCGAACUUCAGAUUCGGGAACCAAUGACAACACAACAACAGCUACAUCGAGUGAUUCAAGUGAUAAUUUGACAGGUGACAAUGUUCAAGUCGUGCAAUUACUUGAUGCAGAGGAAGAAGAACAAGAAGAACAACAAGAGAAAAAAACACCAACGAGAGCAAAUACAAAUAGAGGAAUCUUUAACACUUCAUCUGCAUCUGAAUCGACAGCAAUGCCAACAGAAGAACGAUAUGUGGCAUGUCCUCCAUUUCAACCUUCAACUUUUACAGAACAAGACAAGAAAGAUUAUGAUAAAUGUAUGAAAAAGGUACAAUUGGCUUGUCAAGAUUAUCCUCCAUCGGUGCAGGCAACUAUUUGUCAAGAUUGUAUUUUUGUAGAUCGAUUCCAGUAUCGAUAUUUUAAUCCUUUGAGAUUGGCAGACAAGGACAGAGUGGUCAACAAAAUGGUAGAACCAUUUAUCAAAGUGAAAUUGGUCAUUACAGAAAUGGAUACUGGCAUGGCUCACCGAUUAUUGAGAUCGAUUGGUUCCAGAAUUCACAAAACCAUCAAAUCGAUGGAUUAUGGAAUGUUUCACACUGCUCUCAUUGUAGGAGUUUAUUACAUUGAAUGGGUUGACAGUUCUCUCGUCACUGUUCGUAAAAAGAGCAGUAGCAAAGCUGUGUUUGCAACUGAUAUUGGAACCAUUAGUGGACAAGAAAAAGUGAAUGAAGCUUUCCGAAAGUUGUCAGAACUUAUAUGUGAAUGGAAUAGAUCCCGUCAAUAUGAUAACAAGACAGCAAACUGUCAACAUUUUUGUACCGAAGCUAUCGAAAAGCUCGGAUUGUCAGAAGCAUUUGAAAAGAUUGCUGGACAAGGUCCUCUGAGAGAAUAUCUCACAAGACUUAAAACAACUGGUGCUUGUGACAUGUCUUAUAGAAUUUCACAGGAUGUGAAAGAAACCAUUUUACAAUCUGAUAAUGCACCAGAAGAAUUGAAAGACUUCUUGAACUCAUCAGGCAAUGCUUUAACAUUCCAUUCACACAAAAUUUUGGAUCAAUUUGUUCAUGUUUUACAAGAGGAAGAUCCUCUUUAUUUUGAUAGAGAACCAUUCGACUAUGUACUUCUCAAAGCUUAUGACAGAGCUUUCUGGUUGAGAAGUCAAUCUAAGGGAAGUGGAACCGAUUCAUCUCACUAUUGGACUAAUCCAAACACAGGAGCAUGCAUGUGUCCUUUCAACAAGUCAGCUGCCAAUGUUGAAAAUGAGGAAAUUGUCAACUCUAUCAUUGGUAAAGAUUUUGAAUUGGGAUCCUAUCGACCAAACUAUCCUGUAAGAUUGGAUUAG